AAAAAAUACCGCACCGGCAUUUCACGAUUUCCCCGGUUUAGUGUGACCUUACAAAAGUACCAUCUCCCAUCCUCGAACCCCCCGAACUGCUGACAUUUGUUUAUAUUCCAACGCCAUGCAAUUCCAUUUCAAAGUCACGGAUGCUGAACGAGACAAGGGUGCGGCGGCCACCAGCACCAGUGGCGGCGUCAAUCCACAUACUGCCCUCCAGCCCCAGCAGCCGGCGGCGUUGGUGGAGCCCAAAGAUGCCCAGCACGAGAUCCGGCUGCAGAACAUAGUGGCUACCUUUUCGGUGAACUGCGAACUGGACCUCAAGGCCAUCAACUCCCGGACGAGGAACUCGGAGUACUCCCCAAAGCGCUUCCGAGGUGUGAUAAUGCGAAUGCACUCGCCACGCUGCACGGCUCUUAUCUUUCGGACGGGCAAAAUUAUCUGCACAGGUGCCCGCAACGAAAUCGAUGCGGAUAUUGGCUCACGGAAGUUCGCCCGCAUCCUCCAGAAGCUAGGGUUCCCCGUCAAAUUCAUGGAGUACAAGCUGCAGAACAUUGUGGCCACGGUGGACCUGCGCUUUCCUAUCCGCUUGGAGAACCUCAACCAGGUUCAUGGCCAGUUCAGUUCUUACGAGCCGGAGAUGUUCCCCGGUCUCAUUUACCGCAUGGUCAAGCCACGAAUCGUCCUGCUUAUCUUCGUAAACGGAAAGGUGGUCUUCACGGGCGCCAAGUCCCGCAAAGACAUCAUGGACUGCCUGGAGGCGAUCUCCCCCAUUCUGCUCAGCUUCCGAAAGACGUAGUAGAAUUACCAGCUAUUAGCUAUUAUUUAUUUAUUAGCAAUUUUUUUACGAACAA